UUUUCUCUUGUGGAUGUUGCACAAACAGCCCUGUGUGUAAUCCCUUUGGUUCAGCUUGCCUCUACUAGGGGAAAGACACUUUGCACCAUGGCUUCAGCAGAACGGCCCCCGGUGAUCCUCCGGUCCCUUGACCUCCGCAGUCGUGCAAUACGCCUGGCCAGGAAAAUCCGCUCCGAUGUUGUCAGCCUCUUGGAUUCCUAUGUUGAACGGCAGGGGCUGGACAAGAACAUCAGCCUGGAUGGUGUAGACAGCAUGCCAACAGCUGCUGUGGAGCACUGGAGUGAGCUGACAGAAGCUGAGCGCCUGGGGAACAACCUGAAGGCCUAUCGUAUCUUCCAGACCCUGCUGGCUGAGGUCUUGGAGGAUCAGAGGACUCACCUGACCCCCAUAGACACCAACUUCCAUGAAUCCAUCCAGUCUGUUAUGCUGCAGGUCUCAGCCCUGGCCUCCCAGCUGGAGGAGCUGUUGAUGCUGCUGGAGCACAGUGUACCAGCCCGAGAGGAGGUAGAGGGCACUGCAGACAGCACAAGCCACAGCAUGUUUGAGAAAAAGCUGAGGGGGCUGAAGGUGCUGCAGGAGCUGGCCCAAUGGUCUGUGAGGUCCGUGAAGGAUUUGCAUCAUGUUACCAAGCACAGUCACAGCAGCAGCACAGUCCAUGUAAGCCACCAGUAAACACAGUCUCAGAUAGAAUGAGGCUGCCUGCCUCUUCCCUACAUGUGUGCAGGAAAACACUGUGGGGAGGGUGAAGGGAGUGGUAGGGGAGGGAGUGGCAGUCCACGCCAACCCCCUCCUGGUGGGUUGUCUGUCCACCCCCUCCUGGUGGGUUGUUUGUCCAGAGAGGUAUCCCAGUACAGCAAACCAGAGCCAACUUGAGGUGGUAUGGGACAGUUCUCCCACUGCCGGGUCAGACCAAGACCCCAGACCUAGCAGCCAGCUAGAUCAUGGGAGGGACCUGCCCCAGGACACCCAUAGCUGGCUCUGUGCCUCAGCUCUUCCUUAGGAGAGCUGCUUAGCACCCAUAAGUUAAGGCUUGCACAAGGAGACGCUGCUUAGCACCCACAAUUUAAAGCUUGGCAAGAGAGAGGGACCAGCAGGGAGAGGGAUUGCCUACACUUCUGAAUGUCCCUACUCUCCUGCUACCUGUUCCCCACCCAUUGCCCUGGGGCAGGCUUGGGCAAUAUCCCUGCCCUUUGCUCCCCUUGGCCUUGACCUUCCCCUCAGUUGGAGGAGACAAUUGCUGGGUAGGGGCUGAGGGUAGGGAUCACAGGGUUAGGCUGUUCCACUUUGCAGCAUAGACCUACUCCCAGGGGGUAAGCAUGAUGGUGCAGUGCUGGAAGGGUGUGUUCAUGGCAGUGGGAGGCCUAGCCUCUUAAGUGGCUCCUGCCUAGGCCAGAUCCCAGUGCCCUCUGUCCAGCGCCCAUUUUUCUUUGCUGUCCUGCCACUUGAGCUGUGCCUCCUAUGCCUGGUAUCACACUGGACUUUAGCAGGUCCCAAAGCAAGGGGUGUGCAGAAAUAAGCAAGUCUCUAGGCAGGGACACCUUCAAGCAAGUUCCUGCCACUAGGAUGCACUGUCUUUCAGUGCAUUGGAACCAAGGUGGUAAAGAACCUGGGGGUGGGUGAGGAGGGUGACAGGGGCUUGUUUGAGAGAGGCAGUGAAAAGUCUGGAGUGGGAUAAGAAGGAAGGAAGACCUGUUAGUGUGGUUAUGUGGAAAUGCCUUGCCUAGGGAUUCCUAGAUGCUGCUGGACUCAGGGUCUCACCCGAAGGCACCUCAGCUUUCUGCUCUGGUGCCAGGGAGUUAGGUAGCUCAUGUGCCAUGUACAGAGAAGGCCUCAAAUGUGUGUGAUUCUCUCCCACACCCCAUAUCCCAUUAAAUGUUCCGUUCUUGCUGCUGC